CAAAGCCGACCCAACGAAAAAGGGAAACACAACACAAAAAUAUACUGCUACGAGCAUCUUCCGUGGCGCAAAGGGAGGAGAGGAGAGGAGGGAGAGACCAAAACCCCGACACGACUCCCUCCCUCCAUCCAUUCCACCGCUCGCCGACCGAUCCAUCGGUCGGGGUAGUUGGAGGAGAGAAGGACGGCGCGCUCUUGCGUCGGCGAUGCGGAAGGGUUCGUCGCGGUCGGGGUCGGCGCGGCACCAGCAGUUCCGCGCCCGCGCCAAGACCCGCGUCGACGACCUCCAGGAGAUGUUCUCCGGCCUCCAGUACGCCCGCAAGGAGGCCCGCUCCACCGACGCCGUCGUCCUCGAGGCCCAGCUCCACCAGAUGCUCCGCGAGUGGCGCGCCGAGCUCAGCGCCCCCUCCCCCGCCUCCUCCCUCCAGCAAGGGAACGAUCGGGAGCUGUCGGGUCCGCCGUCCGACACGCUGCGGCUGCUGCAGCUGGCGGCGGCUGAGGAGGAGGAGGACGACGCCACCAGCAAGCUCGUCGAGCAGCAGCCCCCUUCCUCAGCUAAUCAGGCCCACAAGCACGCGCAGGCAGUCCAGGACAUGAAACCGGAGCCGCGCGAGGAAGUGGCGCCUUCCUUGACGGUGGCACAGCAGCCACCCUCACUGGAUCAGGAAGUUAUGACGACUGGUGGAGGAAUGCCGACUCCUGCUACUGCCGUGUUCCACGAUCAGAUGUACUAUGUGAACCAGGAACUUACUGUUGAGGAUUUUCUUUACGGCGAUGACUACAAGAUAAACCUUCCUGGAUAUAAUCCUGAUGUUCACAGUAACCUGGAAGGGAUUGGUCAUCUGGAAUAUCCGCAGUUCAAUUUGCCACAAGAGUUGCCCUCUAAUGUGUAUAUUGAUAUGAAUAACUAUGGGCAGAAUGCUGGAGAUGUUUUCCUCCACAUGUCAGACUUGCUUGCAACAAUGUCUCCAGCACCUGCUGCAUUCCUGAGGCCAAAAUGUGCUCUCUGGGACUGCCCUAGGCCUGCUCAAGGAUCGGAAAGGUGGCAAGAUUAUUGCAGCAUGUAUCAUGCUGAAUUAGCUGUGAAGGAAGAGGGUCCUCCAGGCACAAUGCCUGUGAUUCGUCCAAGAGGUAUUGAUCUAAAAGAUGGCCCUUUGUUUGCUGCUCUUAGUGCGAAAAUCCAAGGAAAGCAUGUCGGUAUUCCUGUCUGUGAAGGGGCUGCAACUGCGAAGUCCCCGUGGAACGCACCUGAACUUUUCGAUCUUUACAUUUUUGAAGGUGAAUCUAUCAGAGAAUGGCUUUUCUUUGACAAGCCAAGAAGGGCAUUUGAGAGUGGAAACCGGAAGCAAAGAUCAUUGCCAGAUUACGGUGGACGUGGUUGGCAUGAAUCAAGGAAGCAAGUGAUGAAAGACUUUGGGGGUUUGAAGAGAUCCUACUAUAUGGAUCCACAGCCAUCUAGCAGCUAUGAAUGGCACCUCUACGAAUAUGAGAUCAAUGAUUGUGAUGCUUUUGCUUUAUACCGACUUGAAUUCAAGUCUUCAGAUGCAAAGAAGAAUGCUAAAUCAAAAUUAGCUUGUAAUUCACUGAAUGAAAUACAGCAGCAAAUGGUUAGACUGAGCGCAGAUAGUCCUGUGGAGAACAAACGGGCUGCCCGGGCGAGGACAAAGGAUGUCAACAUGAACAUCUACUCAGUUCAAAACAACACUAUUCAAGGUAAUGAUACAAAUGCUUAUCAGACAGUGUCGCAAGUGGACCAGAUGACAUAUCUGAAUGGUAAUGUUGUUUAUGGACCUCAUCUCCCUUACGGUUACUCAACUGAAAGAAGCGACUUCUACUGGAACACGAAUGACGGGGCAUGAAGAAAACAUAAACAUAUUUGAUGGUUUAUGCCAUAUUUCUCCUCCAAAGUCUAACAGUAUCAGUUGUAAUUAAGGAGUCUACUGUAUUGGAGUGGCCUCCAUCAUUCUAAUUGUAAUCGGCCAAAUCAACAGGAAACUUCUCUUCCAAACGAGGGAUGUCUCAUCCGUCAAGUCUGCGCUGCAGUUGUAUCCUUGUAUCGUCUGUGGUAACUGCGUCAGUGUCAUAUACUCGUAUGGUCUAGUCCUGACAGUAGCAUCUCCUUGGUGCACGGCUUGUGCUGAGAUAAAAUUUGAUAGAUACAAAACCCUCUCUGGCUAGGUCUAUCAGACGUUUGAUGGCUCUGUUGAUCUGUUUCGUUGUAUAUGAGCAGUACUGUUCUGAA